CGAAAUCCAUAAAAUCUCCAGGUUUACGCCCCUUUCCUUACCCCCUUUCUCUCCAUACAUUAUUACUCUUUCUCUCGCCAGUGAUACAUCAACAGUAAGAUGGAUCAUCUCAAAAGAACAUUCGCUCAAUGUCAGCAAGAGGACCGUCCGGCCCUAGUGACCUAUGUCACUGCUGGCUUCCCUACGGCAGAAGAAACUCCAGAUAUCAUGCUGGCCAUGCAGGCUGGAGGAGCAGAUGUCAUCGAACUCGGCCUUCCAUUUACAGACCCUAUCGCUGAUGGGCCUACCAUCCAAAAAUCAAAUUUGAAAGCACUCGAGAAUGGGGUCACUAUCUCUUCUAUGCUACAGAUGGUAAAAGAUGCACGCCAGCGAGGCCUGAGCAUCCCCGUGCUCUUCAUGGGAUACUAUAAUCCGGUCUUACGCUAUGGCGAAGCUGCCCUGCUUGCCGAAUGUAGGACUGCCGGCGUUAAUGGCUUCAUCAUCGUGGAUCUCCCACCGGAGGAGGCGGUUCGAUUCCGCGACCAAUGUCGCAAUGCUGGCCUUUCAUAUGUUCCCUUGAUUGCUCCAUCCACCACUGAGGACCGCAUGAGGACGCUUUGCGGGAUUGCUGAUACCUUCAUCUAUCUUGUAUCCCGCAUGGGCGUCACCGGAGCUACAGGUACUCUGAACAAUCAGCUUCCUGACUUGAUGAAGAGGGUAAAGGACCUCUCUGGUGGAGUCCCGGUGGCUGUCGGCUUUGGCAUCAGCACCCGUGAGCAUUUUAUUGGUGUAACCUCGAUCGCGGAUGGCGCUGUGAUCGGGAGUGAGAUCAUCAAUCAGCUAGCCAAUGCCCCUGCUGGACAGGGAGCCCAAAGAAUCGAGGCAUACUGCUCGCAAAUCACGGGGCGAACGGUCACUCGCGCAGCAAAUGAACCUUCCUCUAUCUCGUCCACAAUAGUCCCCACUGUUGCGAAGGAGGAGCCUGUACAAUCCCCAACAGCUAGUGGGACUAGCCCAGCUUCUACUCGUGGACGCUUUGGGGAUUUCGGUGGACAAUAUGUCCCGGAGGCGUUGACGACCUGUCUCAAUGAGUUGGAAGCUGGCUUUCAGGCUGCUCUGGACGAUCCAGCCUUUUGGACAGAAUAUCGCUCGUAUUAUCCGUACAUGGGCCGGCCGUCGACGCUCCACCGAGCCACGCGACUGACUGACUCAGCGGGAGGCGCUAAUAUCUGGCUCAAACGUGAAGACCUGAAUCAUACAGGCUCUCACAAGAUCAACAAUGCCCUAGGACAGAUCUUGAUCGCCCGCCGGCUGGGCAAGACAGAGAUUAUCGCGGAAACCGGGGCAGGCCAGCACGGCGUGGCCACGGCGACUGUCUGUGCGAAGUUCGGAAUGAGAUGUACUGUCUAUAUGGGUGCUGAGGAUGUCCGCCGCCAAGCACUGAAUGUCUUUCGGAUGCGCCUGCUUGGGGCCACCGUCGUGCCGGUAGAGGCAGGCUCGCGGACUCUGCGAGAUGCUGUCAACGAGGCGUUUCGAGCAUGGAUCACUCGGCUUGAUACGACGCACUACAUUAUCGGGUCGGCCAUCGGGCCGCAUCCCUUCCCGACGAUCGUGCGCACUUUCCAAUCCGUGAUCGGAACUGAAACCAAGGAACAGCUACAACGGGAGAUUGGGAAGCUGCCUGACGCAGUGGUGGCCUGUGUUGGUGGCGGUUCAAAUGCCGUGGGGAUGUUCUAUCCCUUCGUCGAAGACAGCUCGGUGAAGUUGGUGGGCGUAGAAGCGGGCGGCGAUGGUGCGACGAAGCACUCGGCCACUCUCGGGGGCGGCAGCGUCGGGGUUUUGCAUGGAGUGCGCACGUAUGUUCUUCAGGACCGCCAUGGCCAGAUUACGGAUACACACUCGGUCUCGGCUGGGCUGGAUUACCCGGGCGUGGGACCGGAGCUGGCCUCUUGGAAAGAUAGCAACCGGGCAACCUUCAUUGCGGCCACGGAUGCGCAAGCACUUGAAGGAUUCCAGCUGCUCAGUCAGUUGGAAGGAAUCAUUCCGGCACUGGAAUCCUCGCAUGCGGUUUGGGGAGUGAUGCAAGUGGCUCGCAAGCUUGGGCCCGGAAAGGAUAUUGUGCUUUGCUUGAGUGGUCGCGGUGAUAAGGAUGUGCAGACGGUGAUGGAUGAACUACCUCAGUAUGGAGGACACAAUGGAUGAUGACUGUGUAUAGUACCGAGUACGCAGUACUAGAGUCGUAAAAAUUCUGAG